CCCUGAUUAGCAGGGUUGGCUAUGUACGGUGCGAAAGAAGUUCAACAUGCGUACAUACAUGGUGGCAUUGGGAUAGAAUUGGGGCAAUUCUGCCUAAUGGGCAUUGGCCAUACAAUAUAUCUCAAUGGUGAUUCUGCAAGAAUGGCCAAGUCCCAUGCAUCAUCUAUUUUUUGGUGAAAAUCUGUACUGGACUGCCCCCAUAUUCCACACAAUUAUGCUGAUCUUGUGAUCCCAUGAAGAAUUGCAUUGGAUUCUAAGAGUUCAAUUGUGAUUCCUAGCUAGUAAUUGUGAAAAUUAAUGUAAAAAAACAAUCUCAUCCUUAUGUAAAAUGAGUGUCUGAAAAUGCCAAAUUAAACAGCCCAUGUCAGCAGCACAUAAUGUGCACUGGUGAGUUAUAAAAUGUCGUUAGGCUUUAUAUGUCCCAGACAUUGCUUGUGGCUUGUUUUUAAUAAAGGCAACAUAUAAAUAAAUAUAUAACACAUUUUAAAAGAAGAAAACAUCCACCACCAAGGCAACUUCAUUUGCAUCGGUUUAUUUCACGUGAGAGUAUGGCUGUAUUAAAUUACUUGAUUUAGUGCUCAUGCAUAGAUGCAACACUGUGCUGUAGCAUUAACAUGAUAAGUCCUCCUCCACUUAGACACUAUGCUGGUCAAAAUCCAUAUGGAUUCUCACAAUCUCUGUCACAGGAUAGGACUAUUAUAAAGCACACAUGCCAGUAUUAUGAGGCUGUUAGAGGCCAUAUGACACAAUAUAUCAGUCUCCUUUAACUAUUUGUUUUCAAUGGACGUGUAAUUACUUGCAUGGAAUAUGAAAGCAACAGCACAACUCUUGGAUGAAAAACUGUCCAUUACUUUUUGAGAUCUAAUUUCUUUCUACAAUAGAGAUAAAUCAUUUAGCCUCUGACUUAUGGACAUGGUAUUAGGCCCUUGUUACACAAUACAAUAUACAAAUCUUUAAAUAAUAUGUUCUGUCUAUAUAUAUGGCUGGGGUGGCAUUGUGGCUAUACUGCUCAACUCACAAUCAGGAAGUUGCAUGUUAAAAUUGUAAUUGUUAGUCCACUCAGCCCGUCUUCUGUCCAGGGUUGAUAAUUAUAUAUAAUGUAAAUACCCAUUUGUGAGAAGGCAGCACUGGUUGUCAUACGAAUACUCCAACCAAAACAUUCCAAAGUGGAAUUACGAAAAACUGGCUCCGAUCUGCUAAUGUAGAUAAAUAUUCUUAUAUGUAUUGCCUUUAGUAGAGAACCAUCUCAAAUAAUUUCCUGAAAAAAAAUACAUUAUACAAAUAUAUGCCUGGUAAAGCCAUUUUAUAAAGAUGGCAUUUUAUUUCUAAUCUAUUCAUUAGAGUUAUUCUGAUGUCACAAGGUCAUCCAAAGUCACAAAGUAUAGCUGACGAAAACCUUUUUAUUCUGGCAUUUGGUAUAACAAGUAAACAAGUUGUGGUUCAGUGCAAUGUCUGUAUUGUAGUGUAAAUAGUAAACAGUAUGGGUGGAAUGAUUCACCUCCUCAGAGAUUCGAUUGUCAUGAUUGAAGGUGGUGAUUCCAUUAAAUAAUAAUCAAUUCUUCUUGGGGUGACUGGGUAGCUGUGAGGUCAGAGUGCUAAGCAGGCACUGCUGAGACGGUGGGUUCGAAUUCAGGUAGUUGUCUUAUAUUAAACUGGGUCCUCAAAUGUAGUCAGUCACUAAGGAUUGCAAAAAAAAAUCACAGUCAUUUGAUUCUUAACUUCAUUUGGAUAAAUUCCAGCUUCGAGAAUUAAAUAUCCGUUUGACUGUCAUGUGACAAACGUUGUUUGCAAAUGCAGAGAAGGUAGGAAACUGUAAUUGAAGAGAUCUCAGAGCUCGCUCUGUGAUAUCCUCUUGCGUGGGCCGUUCUCUAACACGAUGGAAUAUACUGCUCUGUAAGACAUUCGAAUAGGUAAUUAUUAAUUGAAGAAUAGGACUAUGUAUUAUGACUUAUUGAUCCUCCUAAAGUUCCUGCAAAUAAUAGGAGCCACGGGUAAUAGGAUCACAGGCAAGAGAAGUUUCCCUGUAUCCGGAAUUUAUUGGCUUUUAACAACAUGUAUGCGUAUGCGAUCUAACCCAAAAAAAAAACGUUUAUUAUGAAUUUCCUUUGAGAUCAUUUUAUUUUCUCAGAGGAACGACUACCAGUGGGGUCAGAAAUCUCAUGGGUAAGUGUUUGGAAGAAUCCUAUGGUCUUUACAGAGUUUGAAUUUACCGAAUGGAUCGUGUUGACAUCCGCCUAUGGAAAUCAGAUGUAAUUUAAGCUGUAAAAUGUGGUAUGCUUUAUGCAUGUUGAACUUCUUUUGCACCAUAUGUAGCCAACUGUAAUAAUCGGAGGUGUGGGGGAAGGAUAGCAAACUAAAUACACGAGUGAUGUGUGUGGAGGCACUAAGGAUGUGGUGAGAGGGGGGGUGCUAAUAUAUUGGCCAGCUAAGUGUCAUCUCAAUCUGUCCCUCCUAUGUACUGUGCCAGCUUGGUAAUUAGGUGCCCUCUAACAAUAAUUGGACCUAUGUCCUGUGAUCCUGAACUGGAUAUAUUUUUAUUUGUGUGUAUGUGUAUUGAGGGUCAGUCACAAGGUUACGAGUGUGCAUUUUUUUGUAAAGCAAUCACGCCAUAAAUGCUCGAUGUGAAAGCGUAGGCAUGCCCAAUCAAGCAAGCCGUCUACACACCAAGUACACAUGCAAUCAACAUGCAUACGAUUAAGUGUACACAAAUCAAAUAUGGUUAUAAAAUGUAUAAUAGGCUUAAUCAGCUAGCAUGCAUAAUACAUUGGACCUCUAACUUCUUUAUAAUGUGUUCAUAUAUUAUCAUUACCUACAGGGUAAGGUGAACUCCUCUUAAAUUACCUAAAAAGGCCAGAUUUAUCUUUCCACUUUGCCAGCCUCAGUCAUCGCCAAUACACUUAACGGAAUGAUUAACGCAUUGCCAUACUGUUCUUAUUAAUUGGAGUGGACAUGCCUCGUGUUGGCAAACUGAAUGAAAAAAAACACGCUGGCUCAUUUGUCAUUUUCAGCGUGAGGUUUUGUGUGAAUCUACACCAGGUACCACUUCUAUGUAUCGUGAGAACUUGGAUGCUGGCCAGAUACCCCUGCACAGUUCAUAUGGCACCACACACCAUGUGUAGCCAAUUUUAUUCUUGAUCUGGAUUCCACGUGAUUCUAUCUUUGUGGGCUCACGACUCCAUUCAAGAAAAGGACAUGGAAACCCACUUUCAUUUUUUUCAGAUUAAUGCAGUCCAUGCUGGUGGUGGGUACAGGUGAAAUGUUUGCUAUAAAAAAGUGACAGGUUUAAUUUACACACAUCUCAUUAUUUUUCAGAUUAUGUAAUGUAUAUGAAUAGGAUAAUAAUCAUUUUUUCGUAUAGUACUCCUAUCCUGGAAUUGUGAUUUAAUUAUUAAAUUACAAUACACAUUUUUCACAGGAUUGGAACCAUGUUAUCGUUGGGAGGGGUGCAGACUGCGUGGAGCCCAGCGUGGCAUUCAGACAACAAGGUUUAAAGCAAAGAAAGGAAUAUCUGUGCUCUCAAUACAUCCCAGUAAUCCCAUGGUAUGGGAUGUAAUGUCAGAUAUCAAUCGAGGUGCCAAACACACGUUUGCUACGAUAGAGGUCGUCAAGAAGAGAGGCACAGUCAGCAUAGCAAAGAAGAGUGAGAUAGCGCAACUGGUGUUCGAGAUGGAGAACAUCACCAGUCAGACGGUAACUCGCCGCAUUCUCUGGCACGUCGGCUCCUCUGCGCCGGGGCUGCCCUUGGAGGCCCAGCCAGGCCAGGUCACGACGGAGAUCACCAUCACGCAGCUUAACCUCACCACUAUCAUCCCCUUCCCGAAGUUUCCAGAGCUGGUGAAUACGGCAGUGCUGACAGGCCAGCUGGUGAGAAUGCCCUUACAAGUGGUGGCUAUUGACACGAGUGGCAUUCUAUUGGAUGUGUCGCAGCGUGCACACUGCCAGUCAGCAGACGAAGACGUCCUUAAGGUGACCGAGUCGUGCGACUACGUGUACGUGGACGGGCGGGAGAGCGCCGGCUCCACACGUGCGCACAUCCAAGUGACCCACGAGCACUUGCGGGCGGGGCUGGAGCUGGCCGUGUGGCUGCCCCGGCUGCCGCUUCACAUCCAGCUCUCCCACUCGCAGCUCGGCCAGGUCAAGGGCUGGAGAGUGCCCAUAUUUUCUGAAAGCAGGCUGCAAGGGACUGGUUCCGUGGCUGAAGACGAGGAUGGGAAGGCUCGGGGCUGCACCCUGCAGUCACAGCACGCAACCCUCAAAGUGUGGACCCACUUCAUUGCCUCCAACGACGUCGGCCAGGUCACAUCGAUGCUGGGAUCUGAUUGGCUGGUGGACGUGACAUUCCUUGUGAAGGAUCACGUGACCGUGAGGAACCCAGCGAUCGCACGCGUUCGCCACGGCACCAUCGUCGUUGCACAGCAGCCUGGGCGAACCUUCGUUCAGGUGGUGUCCCCGGUGUCCAGUGCGGUUCUUGGAGAAGAAGCGGUGCGAGUGGGUGAAGACAAAGUCACCAUAAGCCGCCUGCACGUCAUGCUUGUGUCAGGGAUCUCUCUGAGCCUGCAGCCCAGCCUAUACCAGGCCAACAUUGUCAGUGCGUUCACCUACACCCAGCAUGUCCUUCAUACACCCAAGCAGGAGGCGGCAUUUGCUAUAUGGAUACAGUUCAGCGACGGUACAAUGGUUCCACUUGAUGUGUUUAAUUCGGAGGAAUAUAUUCUGCUGCUUCGCUCCCUUGAUGACCGCGUGGUCUCUGUUACCCACGAUCAGCAUUUCAUGUGGUCCAAGGUCAUCGCAGAAGGUGAAGGGCAGGGUGGAUUUCUGAAAGCAGAAUUUAUGAUCUCUGAAGCCUGUCAAAAGACCAACAGAAAGACCACACUCGUGUCACCAGUGGUUAACGUGAGAGUCAGAUUCGGGAAUGACAGCGAAGAUCUUUAUGACAGCCGCGACGAUUAUAUAAUUGGAGACGAUAGCUUGGAGCGCCUCACCAAAGUUCCGCAAACAGCGGUCCCUUGGAUGGAAAAGGAAAGUGUAUCAAAAUCAGUGGUCACUUUUACAAGACCAACGCAAUCCCAGCGUGAGACCUGGAAGAAAGGAUUGGAGGUUGUGAACGUAGCGCCAUCGAGUGAAGAUGAGAGGCCCAUAAGCAGGUCGAGCGGCGAGAACGACGACGAUUCAAAGGAUGAAGAUUUUGACCAGGAUGGUGGAGACGAUAUGGCUAGCGUCGAGAAUGAUGGCAUUGAUAACAAGGUGGAGCCCGGCCUUUCUGACGUUCAGAUUGGCAUGUACACUUUACUCGGCGUCUUCUGCCUCGCCAUCGUCGUUUUUCACAUCAACUGCAUUUUCUUUGCUCUGAAGCGACGGUGUAAGGAAGCUCCACAAACCCAGGAUGAGAUUGACCCGACAAAGGAAUGGACGUGCAUGAGAACCAGCCGUGAGCACGUCCGGGCUCAGAAGGACAACGUGAGCUCUGCAAGCUGUCACCUCGAAACGUGCAAUGAGAGUUCGCACGAAUACGAGCACAUUGACCACAACGGCUUGUGGACAAUAGAUGUGAGCCAGAUGUACUCCCAUUCCAGGAGACAGCAGCAUGUCCCACAAAGGCUUCCUCCGCCAAGGAGCGGCAUUUCAAGGCACUGCUCCUUUAGGGAUAAGGACAUUGAGAUGUGCGAGUUCAGAAAGUAGUUGUAUCUCACACCGUACAUCAAUUUUAUGAAGAAAUUAUCAGAAGUUUGUCCUUGGUAUUGUAUUUCAUAUUUGCUGGUUAGUGCCAUUCUGCAUCGUGUACUGGUUGGAUGCGUUGCAGCACGCAGAUCACAAAGUGGAGACUUUUAAAAGGAGCGGAGGAAACAGGAAAAAACAAGAGACUGAAUUGGGCAUGUAAUUUAACACUUAUUCGGAGUGGAUAUCCGAAGGAGAUGAACAAUGGAAGGCUGGCAUACACAAACGUUUUAUAUUUCCCAUUUUAAUCUUGAGUGCCCACUAUUGCAACAUUUUAUUCAGCGCUUCAAGUAACCAUGUCGCAGACAACACUAUGCACGGAAUGCUUUGCCACCGUGUACUGUACAUGGUGUAGUCAUGACAACGCGUGUAUACACGGUGAUGGUGGUUAACGAUCCGUGGCUGGAGUCCCGAUGUGGCCGUGACACCGUCAUAAAAUGCAAGCACCGUGGAUCUGUUGCGGACUUGUACACGCGCGCACUGCAUCCUGCCGUGUUUCCGUGCAUCCAGAUUGUCUUUUUUUUUCUUCCCCCCAAUGGUCCGAUGCACAUGCAUUGAUCACAUGUUUGGUUGGUGAUUUAAAACUAGCCCUUGGUAAUUAUGUAGAUAUUUCGUGGAAGAACUGCAACUUGCAUUAAAUACUCACCGAUCCAACCCUAACCCUCUCCCAACCCUUCCCACCUCCCCACCGUCAAACAAAGUAAUCCGUCACCUUUCUUGGCAUCAGUCGGGUGUUUUAGAAUAAAUGUGUUCUUUAAACAGGUGUACGUUAAGUGAGGCUGUGAGCGAUUAAUGGAAUUACAGAAGAGUUGGUGGAAUUACAGAAGAGUUGGUGGACCACCCCCCAUUCCCCCCUCAUUCCCCCCUCAUUCACCCUUGUUAUGGCCUAAGGAAGUGUUGUGUAAAAAUAAUGAGAGAAAAAAACACACUUUCAAGCUUUUGAGUGUACAGGUUAUUUUUAUAAAUGUAAAUAGCAUAUGGAAGCUGGAGUUGCAUGUGAUGAUAGUGUAUGUAAAAGCUUAACAUUGUAUAAACUGAGCUGAGAUGAGGUCUAUGCUAUUUGUUAUAUUGUGAUGGUUAUCUAACACCCAAAAAUGUGAUAUAUUUUCAUAACAGCCAGUUAUUCAGUGUUGUAAAUUCUAUAAUACUUUGUUAUUUCACACGUUAUGUAGCAAAACAAAUCACUAACUUUUGAGCAUCGAUUUGUUAUUGACAUACAGUAUGUGGUUUAAUUUACAGUACUAUUCUGUUUACAUGUAUAAUCUUGUCUUAUGUUUCCAUAAUGUAUACUUAAUAUAGUGUACAUGGGUUUUUUCAGCAGUGUCGAUGAAUUCCAAGAAAACUUUUCUCCGUUUCUCUGCCUGUAUUUCUCUGUAUAUCAUUAUUUUUGGUGUCGCUCGCUCGUUAACUUGUGCUUACACUUCGUCACUUUUCUCUCGCGCUAUCCACCCCCGUCCUCCCCUCUCUAAGCUGUAUGGAAUUUAAUGACUUUAACGUACAAGUCAUUAAGAUAUUGAUGCUUUUUGUGACCUAAAUAAAAGUAUUGUGUGUUUUGAAGAGUAAUCAC